CCUGGACACAGUACACACAGCCGAGAGCCCCGGCUCAAAGGGAAACAAAAGGAACUGCCUGAGUUCCCAUGGCUGUGGCCAGCACCUUCAUACCUGGGCUCAAAUCUCAGAACCCUCAUUACAUCCCAGGGUACACUGGACACUGCCCACUACUUCGGUUCAGCAUGGGCCAGACCUACGGGCAGGUGACUGGCCAGCUACUUCGAGGCCCUCCUGGUCUAGCCUGGCCCCCUGCCCAUCGCACACUUCUGCCUCCCAUCCGGCCUCCAAGAUCUCCUGAAGUUCCCAGGGGGAGCCUACGGCUCAGGCGUGGGCACGAAAGGCUCAGCUCCUGCGUGAUCCCUGGGUACACAGGUUUCAUACCCCGGGCACAGUUCAUCUUUGCCAAGAACUGCAGCCAGGUCUGGGCUGAGGCUCUGAAUGAUUUUACCCAGCUGUAUGGGGGGCAAGGGAGCCAAGAGCUGCCCAAGGAGGCCAAGGGAGAAAAAGACUUGGAGAAAGAGCAAGAGUCAAAGCCGGGGCUAGAGCUGGAGGAGGAGAAGGAGGCAGUGCUGGAGGAGGUGGACCAAGCGUCCCCCUACUCCAUGGAUGACGGAGACCCUCAGAAAUUCUUCAUGUCAGGCUUCACUGGCUACGUGCCCCGUGCCCGCUUCCUCUUCGGCUCCAGCUUUCCUGUGCUCACCAACCAGGCGCUGCGGGAAUUUGGGCAGAAGGACUCACAGGGCGGAGCCCAGAAGGAUCCCAAACACCUCCCCCCACUUCCCAGGAUCUACCGGCAGAGGCUGGGGCUCGUACCUAACUACGGGGGCUAUGUGCCAGGGUAUAAGUUCCAGUUUGGCCACACAUUUGGGCAUCUCACCCAUGAUACUCUAGGCCUCAGCACCUUCCAGAAGCAGCUCCUGGCUUAGGCUCCUGGACUUCAAGCUCUUCUUUCCCUCUUCAUCCUAUCCCAGCCAUCCUUCUGGAAGGAUGGGGGGGGCACAACGAGAAGAUGGUUUGGAGGCUGAGCACCUUUUUUAUUAAUAGGUGUAAUAAAUAAAUAAAUACAUACAUAAACAGAA